AUGAGCACGGUGGCCGGCAGGGCUCUCGGCCACGGCCGGGGUGCUCGGCACGGCGCUCAGCCACGGGCGGGCAAUGGCCUGGGUGACUCGGUCGCGGGCAAGGGCAGCGGGCAAGCGGCAGGGACGUGCGGGCCAUGGGGCUGGGUGGCCGGCCCAGGCGACUUCGGCCACGGCACAGGCGAUCCGGCCCACGACUGGGUGAGCGGGCGGCGCGCGGGCAAUGGGCUCGGCCACGGCCAGGCAACGGUGGCUGGGCGUGCUAGGCGAGUGGCCUGGUUGGCCGGCGAUCUGGCUGACCGGCGAGCUGGCUGGGCGGCACGACGAGCGGCGGCGGCGGCGACGGUGUGGAGGGGAGGGGGAGGGAGAAAAAGGCUGAGGCAGUGA